AUGCUUCGAUCCUGGUCGCAACUGUUGCUCCUCCUGCUGCCUCUCGGCUUUGCGGCUCGGUUGCCGGGAACCGUUGUACCGGAGGACUACCGGAUCUUCCUCAGGCCGGACUUCGAGGAUGGCUGCUCCUUUAGUGGCAGGGUCGACAUUACCCUCAGAGCCUUAAAUGACACUGAUGAUAUAAUCUUACAUUCAAAGCACCUAAAGAUAGAUGAGGAAUCCAUAUCAUUCUUAGAACUUCCAAGUCAACCUGAGCAAACAGACAGUACUCGGAUGCCUCGCGAUGGAACAGAAAACAUCACAGUUUCCGAAGGCCAUGGUGAGAGCAGACACUUACUGAGGAUUGGUUUGCCGCAGACAUUGCAGAAAGGAGGGCGAUAUGUGCUGUCCAUCGCCUACAAUGGGACGAUGAACAAGGCCAGGUCUUCAGGCAUCUACUGCAGGCAAUAUAAGCAUGGCAAUCAAACAAGGUGGUUGAUGUCGGCCUCCUUUGAACCCUACCUAGCCAGGUCUGCGUUUCCAUGCUUUGAUGAACCUGGCUACAAAGCCAAAUUCAGCCUGAAGUUGGGACAUCCUACAGACUACAUUGCAAUAUCCAACAUGCCAGCAAUAGGAGUUCAACCGUUGGAGGAUCAAGAAGGAUAUUCCGUGACAGAGUUCGAAACCACUCCUCUGAUGUCUACAUAUUUGAUUGGCUUCCUUGUUAGUCAGUUUCCAUCAAGAUCAGUGAAGCUGAGUGAUGAACGUCCUCUGACCGUGUGGGCCUCCAGUGAGCAGAAGUUGCAAGCAGCUGACUUGGCACUUCUCUAUGGACGAAAACACCAGCAGUUCUUUUCUGAGUACUUCCAGCUGAAGGAUCCCAUGCCAAAGAUUGACUUCUUGGGUAUCAGGCAUUACCAAGCUGGUGGACUGGAAAACUGGGGUAUCAUCAGCUUUGAAGAGAGAUUGAUCAUCCUUGACUCACCAAGCCGUUCCAGACGAGCGAAUCGCCUCAGAGCUUCUAGUCUUAUUGCUCAUGAGUUGGUCCACAUCUGGUUCGGAAACUUGGUCACUCCUAAGUAUUGGGAUGAUAUUUGGCUCAGUGAGGGAUUUUCCUCAUACUUCGCAACAUUGGCCACUAACAAUAUGUUCCCCACAACUGGCUAUGACAUCCAGUCUUUUGUAUUGUCAAGGUUGGCUGCCAUGUCGGCUGACAGUUUGCCAACAACUCAUCCUCUACAAGUGGACGCAGCCAGCCAUCCUACCGGAGAUCUUUUUGACGAAAUAACUUACCACAAAGGUGAGAUGAUUGUAAGAAUGUUAAGCAUGGUAUUUGGUGAGGAUAAAUUGAAAUCAGCUCUUCAGGAGUAUCUAGAAGAGCACAAGUAUGGGUUGGCCUCAGAUACAGAUAUCUGGAAUACUCUCGAAAAGAAAUUGGAACCUGGAAGUCUUCCAGAAGGAGUAAGUCUUGCAGAAAUCAUGGAAACUUGGACUAGAAAAGCAGGAUAUCCUAUACUUAUAGUAAACAGAAACUACACAACCAGUCAGGUGACAGUAUCACAGAGUAGUAUCCUGGACAGAGAUGAUGGAGGUUGGUGGAUUCCAGUUUCGUAUACAGAUGCAAAGCAGCGUAACUUCUCAGCAACUCCAAAAUUCUGGUUGUCACCAAAAGCUACAAACUAUACUUUCAACACCUCAGCUGCACCAGGAGAAUGGAUUCUCUUCAAUACAAGAGCUGCAGGAUAUUAUAGUGCAAGAUACGACAUGGCGAACUCCUUCCUUCUCGCUGAUGAUUUAGAUCGGCUGCCAUUGCUUGAGAGAAUUCAAGUUCUUGGAGACAUUCUUCAACUAGGUUAUCUUGGCCAAUCUCCAAUUGAGCUAUCACUUGAUUUGGUUCUUCACUUUAAAGCUGAGCUAUCCCCUCUUCCUUGGUUUCCUCUCUUGGAGUACGUACCAAAGUAUGUUGCACUGUUCAGAGGUACUGAGGGUGAGCAUGGUUUUGUGAAUAUGUUCCAAGGUGUGCUGGGUAAUGAGUUCGACAGGCUGACAAAGGAUUCUCCUCACACCAAACAGAUGUUUAAAGUAUCUUGUCGCAUUGGAGUGAAGAACUGCACAGAGAUGGCUCUAUCUAUGUUUGAAGAUUGGAAAACAAACAGUUCCAAAGUACCAGAAGAGCUCCGCUACAGUGUACUGUGCACCGCUGUUGAAAAGGGAAAUGCCAGCACAUGGUAUUACCUUGAAGAAAAGUAUCAAAGUCUAAAAGAUGGAUGCAAGGAAAAGAAGGAUGUUCUCAAAGCUCUGGCCUGCACCUCAGACACAAAAUUGUCCAAUAAGUAUUUGAACUGGGCACUUGAGACUAAAACUUCCAAAAAAGGCACUAAGAAAUCUGAUACUAUGUUGAAAGCAAUAGCAGAGAGGGAUCCAUCAUUGUUGCUAUCAACAUUUGUAAAUGAAUCAUCUCUUCCUAGAAUAUCCAAGAGCAUGCGAUGGAAGAGGAUCCUCGAAAAAGUGGCGCUUAAUGUUUAUAAUGAAGAACAGUUAAAUCAGCUGAAAAACCUUGUGGAGGAAUCCAGAGAAAAACUGAAAUCAGCUGAUUUCACUGAGAGAAACAAAAUUGUUGAUAUUGCUACAAGAAAUGUUGAAUGGGUCAAAGGAAAUCAAAAUAAGGCAGUAGAAUGGUUUAAUAAGUUACAAAGGAAUCAAAAAGCAUAAUACACAACAAAAUGAGUUUAUUUUUAUGUUCAACUACAUGUAUAACGAUUUAUCAAAUUUUAGCUGUUAACAUUUAGGUAAAAAUGAUAAGUAAACAAUGAAACAAAGAGAUCUCAAUGCUUGAACCAAAGCUGAUACCUCAGGUUCAAAUGGUUUUGUGCCAUAAUGUUUGUAAAUUUUACAUGAAAAAUAACUUUUUGUAUUCUGG